CCCGUCUCUGCUAAAUUAUCUCUGACUGUACACAGUCCGCAGAUCAUCCUCUUUGACUACUACAGUACAUAUUUAAGUUGUUCUUAAAAUGCAAAUCAUUACAUGAGAAGCCUGGAAUCAAUGGAAAUGCAAUAAAAACAGAGAUUCACCACUGCUGUGUAGGAUGGGAUCUUACUGAACUUUAUGCAAAGUCUUUGCUUUGGCGAGGCAUUAAGGACACUCUGCACAUCAUCUCUGCCAACACUUUGUAAAAAAAAAAAAAAAAAAAAACUUUAUUUAGUGUAACUCAAAGUCAUCAAUAUCUCCAGUUUUCUAGGAUUCUUCUAUUUAGUUGGGGCUUUGUAUCUAGCCCCAGUGGCGUAUUUUUCUGAGCCACAAAUACGACAACUUCUGCAGCUGCACCUCUGGCUCUUAUUUCCACAUAUCUUGGCCUAAGUUGCAAAGUGAAAGGCCAGACAUGGCAGAACAGAGGUACUGUGUGGAAUAUGCCAAGCGUGGCACUGCGGGCUGCAAGAAAUGCAAGGACAAGAUAAUGAAAGGACUGGUGCGCAUUGGCAAAAUAGUGCCAAACCCGUUCAGUGAGUCUGCAGGGGAAAUGAAGGAGUGGUACCACGUGAAGUGCAUCUUUGAGAAGCUUGAGAGAGCUCGUGCUACCACAAAGAAAAUCGAGGAUAUCACAGAGCUGGAGGGAUGGCAGGAACUUCAGGAUGAGGAUAAAGACCUAAUCAAUAAACAUGUUUCAGAAUUGGCAGCCAAAGCCAAUGCAAGCCCUAAGAAGAAAGUGCAAGCUAAGUUAAAUAACAGCGGGCAACUGUCAGCACCGCUGGCUGAUCCAACAGUCAAUGCCCCUCGCAAGUUUUCUGGCUUCACAGCUACCAAGGCUGGUUCGUCCUCUUCCAGUCCUGGACCAUCUCCAGCCAAACCCACUCAGGGUAGUGCUUUAUCAGCUCAGCUAUGUGACCCCAACCAUAAAGACUGCCUGCUGCGGGAGUUCCGCAAACUGUGUGCCUUAGUGGCAGAGAAGUCGAGCUACAAUGCAAAGACUGAGAUUAUCAAAGAUUUCUUGACAAAAGGCUCUGGUGGAGAUAAAUUCAAAGGAGAUUUGUAUCUAACAGUGAAGCUUCUCCUCCCAGGAGUGAUAAAGAAUGUCUACAACCUCAAUGACAAACAAAUUGUCAAGCUUUUCAGCCGCAUAUUAAAUUGCAAUCAGGAUGCGAUGGUGCAGGACCUGGAACAGGGAGAUGUUUCAGAGACAGUGCGCAUGUUUUUCGAGGACUGCAAGUCUUUUCCCCCAGCAACCAAGAGUCUUCUUACCAUACAGGAAGUGGAUGCUUCACUCAGCCGUCUAUCCCAGCUCUCCAAGGAGGAUGAACAGCAGGCAGAACUACAGGAUAUUGCUAAAAAAUGCACAGGAAAUGACCUGAAGUGUUACAUCCGCCUGGUCAAACAUGAUCUUAAAAUAAAUUCUGGCGCUAAGCAUGUCUUGGAUGCCUUGGACCCCAAUGCCUAUGAUGCCUUCAGAGCCUCUCGUAAUCUUGGUGAUGUAAUUGACAGGGUACUUCGGAACCAGCAGCAUGCCUCUAAUGGAACAGGGCCGAGAAAGACCCUGAGUGUGGAGGCGUCUCUGAUGACUCCUGUACAGCCAAUGCUGGCAGAAGCAUGUAAAUCCGUUGAGUAUGCCAUGAAGAAGUGUCCUAAUGGAAUGUACUCUGAGAUCAAGUAUGAUGGUGAGCGUGUGCAGGUCCAUAAGAACGGCGAUCACUUUAGCUACUUCAGCCGCAGUCUCAAACCAGUACUCCCACACAAGGUCGCCCAUUUCAAAGAAUUCAUACCGAAGGCAUUUCCUGGUGGCCAUAGCAUGAUCCUUGAUGCGGAAGUUCUUCUUAUUGACACAAGGACUAGCAAACCCCUGCCUUUUGGGACUCUUGGAGUGCACAAGAAAGCAGCUUUCCAGGACGCUCAAGUGGGUCUGUUUGUGUUCGACUGCAUUUAUUUUAAUGGCGUCAGUCUCAUGGACAAGCCUCUCUGUGAGAGAAGAAAGUUACUCCAUGAUAAUAUGGUGGAAGUUCCAAACAGGAUUCUGUUCUCUGAAAUGAAGCAUGUCACGAGAGCUGCUGACCUGGCAGAAAUGAUCACACGUGUCAUCAGAGAGGGACUGGAGGGAUUGGUUCUGAAAGAUAUCAAGGGGCAUUAUGAGCCAGGGAAGCGUCACUGGUUAAAGGUGAAGAAAGAUUAUCUCAAUGAAGGAGCGAUGGCGGACACUGCUGACCUUGUAGUGCUUGGAGCUUUCUACGGCAAAGGCUCAAAUGGUGGAAUUAUGUCCAGUUUCCUCAUGGGCUGCUAUGAUCCAGAAUCCAGGAAGUGGUGCACUGUGACCAAGUGUUCUGGAGGCUACGACGAUGCAACCUUAGCCAGGCUGCAGAAAGAUUUGGACGUUAUCAAAAUAGGCAAAGAUCCAAGCAAGAUCCCUGGAUGGUUGAAGAUCAUCAAGAACUAUUACCCAGAUUUCAUUAUCCGAGAUCCACAAAAAGCACCAGUGUGGGAAAUUACGGGAGCAGAGUUUUCUAAAUCUGAAAUGCAUACAGCGGACGGCAUAUCCAUCCGCUUCCCGCGUUGCACUCGCAUGCGUGACGACAAGGACUGGAAGACUGCCACAAACCUUCAGCAGCUCAAGGAACUGUAUCGCAUCUCUAAGGAGAAUUGUGAUUUUGAGGUGACAGCUGGUCCAUCCAAAACAAGCCAGAAUGACAAGAGCUCCUCGGGAGGUGACAGUGGAGACAGCUCUCCCUCAACAUCUCAUGGAGCUUCCACUGCAAACAAGUCCAAAAAUGGCCAUACCCCCAAAGCAAAGUCAGUGAAAUUGGAAUCACCCUCUCCAGCUAAGAGAAAACUACCCACAAAGAAACACAGUGCAAAGAAGAUAAAGACAGAAACGGUUCACAGCAAUGGACAAAGUAAAUUGAAGACGUUGAUUCCAACAACCGACCCAAAGAAUGAAAAGACUUUACUGGACAUUUUCACAGGUGUGAAGCUCUACCUCCCAGACUCAGCGCAGGAUUUUGAGAAGCUUCGUCGCUACUUCCUGGCAUAUGAUGGAGAUCUGGUGCCCGAGUAUGACUCUGGUUCAGCCACGCACACACUGGCAAAGCCGGAUGAGGACAGUCCGGCCCAGAGGGUCACCUCUGACUGGAUCUGGGAAUGCAUCCGCAAGAGGAGGGUGGUUCCCCCUUGCUGAACUUCACAAAAAGACUGCCCUAAGGACAUUAGCAAUAAAGCUCAGGCAUUUUUCUCCUAUAGUGACAUUGCUCUUUAGAGAACAGCAAACAUGUUUCACCAUAGACAGAGUAACAGCAAUAAUGCUGUCAUUUAAGACCAACUGGGCUGAAUGAACUUUAUUCAUUUUUUUAAAUCAGCUUUACCACAUUGUGGUAUUGCACACGUUGUACUAGAAAACUGUCUGGUUCAUAACUUCUCAAGUUUCGCUUUUGUCAUUGCCUUAGACAGUGAUAUGUCUCACUAUGGUUUCACAUGUUUAUGAUUUUUAGACGUUUUGGUGUCAUUGGUCAAAGUUGCCAUUCAGUUAUAUUUAAGCAGUGUAAUAUUUGACUUCUAUCAUGAUACACAGCCAUUUCUCUGUUUUUGCAAAGAUGUUCUAAAGUAUGUUCUUGGGCACAGGACAAGUGAUUAACAAUUUAUUAAUAAGAGCCAUGAGGCAUGAUUGUGGAAAUAAUAACUGUGUAGAAUGAGAAUUGGGUAAGAGCCUGUUAGCGUAGUAAUGGUAGUUAAGUGUAAUUUCAACUCUUGCAAUCAUUCUAAUUAAAAAAGGCCUUUUAUGCACAAAGAAAAUAAAUUUGUGGCUGAAAUUAGUCGGUCUAGCGCACAGCAGGGAACCACAGUUCUCUAUUAUGAGUGAUUGUGUGUUACGAGUGUCUGCAUUACAAUUCUUUUUUAUUUUUUUUUCUAUUCUUUUCCAAUCAGGGUGAUAUUAUUGCUUCCACAACCUAAAGUUUCAAUGGGGAUUUUAAUGCAAUUACCGGGGUAAGUUCAUUUUCACUCAGAUUGUUUGAUUGAUGUGGGUCAGAAAAUCAAAGUGCCAACAUAAUGUAAAAAAAAAUUUUUUUUUCAGAGACAGAUUGUGUUCUUACAAUCAUAUAUGUACAAGAUUACAGGAGAAACAGUUUUGUUUACAAAUUCUAUAAUGUAUCGGUCUCCCCCAUGGUUGCAUUUGAAAUAACAUAUUUACACUGACUUUAAAUAUGUAAUCUUAUAAAGUCUCCAUUAACAACCAUUAAUAUUAUCUCUGACAUCACUGAAUAUUAUGUUAUCUAAAUAAUUAAAAUAUCAUGAUUGAC